AUGAAGAUCGCCCUUCCCCUCGUCGCACUUUUGACAUGCAGCGCCACAGCCGCCCUCGUGCAUCACCCCCCCUCCCUCGUGUACCAGGGCUCACCCCACCGCCGCCCGGGCGAGCCGGACUACACAGCCCAAGACUACGAACUCCGCUGCCCAAAGAGCAAAGACCCCCGCAAGAUGACGCUCCCGGCAAUCACACAGGAGCUAGACGCCAAAGGGAAGGCCACCAACAUCCUUGAAUGCUGGGAAAUCGACAACGUAGUGCCAGCGGUGGAGGGGAUCGAGGGCGCGAGUCUCGUGGGGUGGGGAGCCUUUGACGCAGCCUAUCAAUACGACUUUCACGAGGGGUUCUUCAUGCCGCCUCAUCCGGCACCCGAGCCCAGUUUAGUCCUCAUGAGUGCUGGUGUUGGUUCGUGGACCCCCGCGUGCUGUUCCCGGCGUGGGUUAUGCUAAUGUCACUCAGGAUUGAUCACUGUGCCGUCCGGAGAGGUUCUCAGACUUGGGCCGGGCGAUACCUUCUUCUCCGUGGGCACCGAUGGCUGGCAGACGGCGUGGUGGUCUGAGGGCACGCGAGUCACGGAUUUUUACUUUAAGGAUGGGAAGAUUCCUAAUCAUGAAGCCGUUCAGAAGACGACGUGAGUCUUCCUCUCUCCCGUGUUCUCCUAUGGGAAGUGCAAAGCUAACACACAUGAAUCCUCCUCGCAGUCACUGAACCCCGUUCCGCUUCAAAGGGACCCAGCCGAUCAAGCACCCGUAUUUUACUUUUAGAGUCACCGAACGCGGGAUCAGUAGAAGCUGUCCUUCUACUGCCGGCACUGUGUCUGUAUUAUUUCGCCCCCGUAUUAUAAGCUUCAACGCUUGAAUAUCCGUCUCCCCUCACGCUGCCCCAGCCCAGCGCGGGGUCUCACGUUCUCGUUUUUUUUCGGUUUUUCCUUCUUUUUUUUCGUCUCAAAAUAAAUGGGGAAGAGGAGAAAGAAUAGUUUUCACCAUCCGGGGAGGUUCAACACAGGGGUUUUGCGCGGUUCCAGAUGUUUAUAUUAUUAAUAGAUAUUAAGCCACUUUCCUCCG